GUUCGACCAGUUUGGAAAAUUUUGCAUCCUCUCGGUGCAUAUUAUGUACGUAAUAUUGUGGCCAGUAAUAUUCUUAAUGUAAUUAACAAUGGGUUUAUUAACAGUACUUAAGAAACUGAAACAAAAGGAAAAAGAGAUGCGCAUUUUAAUGUUAGGUUUGGAUAAUGCUGGCAAAACAACAAUUUUGAAGAGAAUUAAUGGAGAACCAAUUGAUACAAUAUCACCAACUCUUGGUUUCAAUAUUAAAACUUUGGAACAUCGUGGAUAUAAACUUAAUAUAUGGGAUGUGGGUGGUCAAAAAUCAUUGCGUUCUUAUUGGAGAAAUUAUUUUGAAUCUACAGAUGGGCUUGUCUGGGUAAUUGAUAGUGCAGAUAAAAGAAGAUUGGAGGAUUGUAAAGCAGAAUUAUAUAAACUUUUGCAAGAAGAAAGAUUAGAAGGUGCAAGCCUUUUGAUACUUGCAAACAAACAAGAUUUACCUGGAGCAUUGUCUGCAUCUGAUAUUGCAGAAAUUUUGGAAUUGCCUAGUAUUAAAACGCAUCAUUGGAAAAUUUACAAAUGCUCAGCAGUAACAGGGGAAAAUCUGUUGGAAGGAAUAAAUUGGAUUGUUGAUGAUAUUUCCGCUCGAAUAUUUUACAUUGAGUAA